UGUUCAUUUUACUUCAUUUCUCAUAAACAUGAAUACUAUCAGAUAAAUAGAUACCUAGCCUAACUAAUGAGCCAGGAUGGUUUGCGCUGUUCCAAGUUGCGCAGGAUUGGAAAAACGCCUAAUUCCUUUCCCGGAAAACUUAAUACUGAAGAAACAUUGGACGCAGGCAAUUCAGGUUGGUACUGGACUGGAUCCUUCUGCUCAUCACCGAGAAGCAAUAUGUUCUUGGCACUUCGGCAAUCAGGGUUUAACAACAGGCUACUGGGAACCGUCCAAGUUCUUGCAUAAAACCGGAAAGGUAAUACAGGUAGCGUGCUGUCGUUUUUGUUUAAAAUUUGACAAUCGCGCUCGGAUGCUUUCUAGAGAUAAGAUACUAGCGAAGCCCUAUCUAUCCCGCGCAAUAGAAGAUGUUUUGAAUAUUCAUUUAUCGACAAACGAUUUCCUUUCUGAAGUUUGUGUAGAUUGCCAAAAAAAUAUCGAUAUUUUGGAUAAAUGGAUUCAAAGCAGUAAAACCACAGAAACAGAAUACCGUCGUUUAGAGGUGGCGGCUGAAUGCAGUAUAUUCAAUAUUAAAGAUAAUUUUCGAAACAACGAAGGAGGAUUCACUGCGGAAACUCUUGAAAUUGAAAUAGGAGAUAUCAAAGUUGAAUGCCCCGAAGACCCUCUUGAAAGCCAGUACAGAAACAUUGAAGAACCCACAUGUGAUAUCGUGCCAAGCCUAAAAAAAGAAACUGAAUUAUGCCUUCGAAAAAAAAUUGCUCCCGUUAUCAAAUUUAAUCACCCACCAAAUGUACCAACCAAACGGGGUCCAAAGCAUAAACGCGUUUCUGCUGAAAAUAAAAUGAAAAUCAAGUUUAAAGAUAUACUUAGUCGAAAGUGCUACAUUUGCAAUUCUCUUCUCGAAGAUCGCGAAGAAUUGGUUGCUCAUCUGACUGAGCGGCACGCAAUUGGUGAAAACCACAAAUGUCCUGAAUGUGAUAAAAGUUUCAAAUUUGUAACCGCUAUGAAUCGUCACCUCAGUUUGCACGACAAAUCGAACAGACCACUGGAGUGCAGUUAUUGUUCAGUUGGAUUUAAAGUCAAGUACAGUUUACAGGUGCAUGAAAAUCGGGAACACAACGCUGGUCAUAACAUUAGACAGAAGAAAAAAAUUACCGAAAAGAAAUUUCAAUGCUCAUCAUGUGGCCAAACCUUCCGCACCAACUAUGAUUUGCUUGACCAUGAUCGAUUUUAUCAUCAAAACAUACCGGGAGCAACUUGUAAGUUGUGCAACAAACAUUUUCGGCAUCGAUCGUCACUCCGCAAGCAUCAAAUUGUGCAUAUUGGCGAUAAACCAUAUGAAUGUACUCAUUGUGGUUCGGCUUUCAAAUCUACUAUCACCUUGGUAAAUCACAUCGCCAAAGAACACGGUAUAAAAACAUAGUUUUGACAAAAACUUCAAAGCAGAGUAUAAGUAAACGAACAUGUUUAUUGUCAGAAUUACACUUCUUACAUGUGUUAAUGCCAUUUUUAAAUUUGGAAGAAACAUAAAAUAAACUGCGUCGUAUACUACUGA